UCAAAUGGAUCUUUGGAUAAAAUCAUAUUUACGGAAGAAAAUAAGAACGCUCUGGGGCUGGAAAAAGAUGUUUGAGAUUGUGCUUGGUGUGGCUCGAGGAAUCGACUACUUGCAUCAAGGGUGUGACAUGCAAAUCUUGCAUUUUGAUAUCAAGCCACAUAAUAUUCUUCUAGAUGAGAACUUCAAUCCAAAAAUUUCAGAUUUCGGUCUUGCUAAACUGUAUUCAGUAGAUGAUAGCAUUGUGUCUCUCACUGCAGCAAGGGGAACAAUAGGAUACAUUGCUCCCGAAUUGGUAUACAAAAACAUCGGAGGCAUCUCAUACAAAGCCGAUGUUUAUAGUUUCGGGAUGUUACUAAUGGAAAUGGUGGGAAAGAGAAAGAAUGUGAAUGCAUUUGCCGAUCACACCAGUCAAAUCUAUUUUCCGUCUUGGAUUUAUGACCGAUUGGAUCGAGGAGAGGACAUGGAGCUUGGAGAUGCUUCUGAUGAUGAAAAAGUAAUGGUUAGGAAGAUGCUAAUAACAGCCUUUUGGUGCAUACAAUUACUUCCCGCUGAUCGUCCAUCGAUGAGUAAAGUCUUGAGGAUGCUUGAAAACGAGGAUGAGUUACUUGAAAUGCCUCCAAAGCCAUUUCAUCAACUUCCUCUUGACACAUCAUCGGAGGUACACGCUGGUGAGAGCCCUAAUGAUGAGCCAACUACAUCAAUGGAUUCUAUUACCAUAUAAGCAGCAGAUCAAAUGUGGUUUGAGAUCGGAAGCAUUUUAUUGCUUUGCACCUCUAUAUUAUUUUGCAUUUUAUAUGUACUUGUAUAAUGUUAUAUGUGGAGCAUAUGUACACAGAUAUAUAC